UCUUUUUAAACCUUUAACAUUACGUGCGUUUUUCUUUUCAGUUUCUUUUUUUCGUUUGUAGUGGUAUAUCGGUGAGGAUGUUGUGCGUCAAGGUAAUAUUAUUGUCAUUAUACAUAACCACUAUUGAAGUUUUUGGUGGUACCAUAACAGAGUACCCAGAAGAGGUAUAUGAGGGGUACACAGGAAAAGAUGAUUACCAUGCGCAUCCGAAGUACUCGUUCAAAUACGGCGUCCACGAUCCAUCUACCGGCGACGUGAAGAGCCAGAAAGAGACGCGCGACGGCGACGUGGUCAAAGGCCAGUACUCCCUGGUGGAACCCGACGGUUCCAUACGUACCGUCGACUACGUAGCGGAUCCUAUAAACGGUUUCAACGCCGUGGUGUCGAAGAGCGGCCCGUCCGUCCAUCUAGCGCCCGAACCGGUAGUCAUCAAGAAAGUGGUACCCGCUUUGAACCACGUGGUACCUACGUACGUCAAACAGGUGGUACCUGUAGCGAGGCCGGUUAUACAGAGAGUGCUAUCGCAGCCUGUGUACAAAUACACGUCUCCAGUAGGUGUAAACGACAUAGUCUACGACGGAGGUUAUGGAUAUGCAGAUGGAUACGACCUAGAUGCCUAUUUCGCCAACCUUCACGGACACGAAUAUUAAAAACCGCCUGUUCCGUUGCAUUAAAACACAAGCCAAAAAUUAAUUAUUAGUUGAUAAACGCUAUAGCCAUUAAAUUACGUAGACAUUAUGAAGUUAAACGAUCUGUAAUUGCGCUGUCCAAAAAAAUUCAUUUGCAUCAUAAUUAAAUUAAGUUCUCGAAUGAGUAAUUGCCAGCAGCAAUCGUCGCUUUUGUGUAUAUUCUAAAUGUUUU